AUGGUUAGCUCCAAAAAAAGUUCUGGACAUCUAUAUAAGGCACCCGAAAUUUUAGACGGACAAACUUACAACCAGGCAUCAAAUAUUUAUUCUUUUGGAAUGCUUAUGUUUUACCUUUUGUCUGAAAAUAUAGAUAAGAAUUACUAUUCCAUUUGGAAAUUUAGAGAAUACACAUUUUAUGAUUAUUAUUUGCCAAAACCCACUUGGAAACUUAUUAAAAAAUGCACUGAUUACAAUCCAAACAAUCGUCCUGCAACUGAAGAAAUUUCAAGUUUACUUUUAUCUUGGCUUAAAAGUUUUGAUACUCAAUCUACAUCAGGAUCACUUCAUAACAACUAUAUAACUAUUAUUCAGUACAUAGAAUCUACAAUUCUAGCUAUGUCGGAUAUUUAUAUUCCAUAUGGUAAUUUUGCAAAUAUCCGAGAAAUUGGAAAUGGAGGUUACGGAACA